AUGGUAUUAAGCUUUGUAUUUUAUUAUGGGUUAAUUGUAUUUGCUUUGUGUGGUUUCUACAAGGAAAGUGAUUUUUAUGUUGAUGCUCGUACCUUGGGGCUUCCAGAGACUAAAUUGAACAGAGGUUGGUUCUUUUUCAAUUUUUUUCCAGUCUUGUCAGUUUACAUCAAAAUCUUGUUUGAAAAGUGCUUGUUUUUUAGUUCUUAAUUGGCUAGGAUAGAAUGACAGCAUUUAUUUAUCAACCAAUUUAUUAAUUAACCAUUUUAGUAUCCAUGUGGAAAAUCUGCCCAUAUCUGACCCUGUCUAACAGCAGAUUAUUUUAUGCUGUCUUAGGUCAAGCUUUUUUUUACUCCGCCUAAUAACAUGUCAGUGAGGAAUCCCUAGAAACUGCACGUAAAGAUAUAGUAAGUUGAGUCAGCAAGCUGCCUGAUGCGAGCCUGUAAUUACCUCUAACGGCAGAUGAUUUUACUCGUUAGUUAAAGACUCCUAAGAACUAAUAAACUGCGUGUUUCGUACCCAGGCUCUUUCCUCUCACGCUCUUACCUCGAAAGAUCUUGGAGGUUUGAACCACAGAUAGUUUGAACCCUUUCACUGGCUUUGAAGCAUUUCGUUUGUGUUACCCCACUUAACUUGAAUUGAGAGAUAUAGAGAGACACUUACUAAUCCUAAUCAACAAUAUCUUCUUGAUUUUGCAGUGAAAUGUCAAGAGAAAUUUAACAUUGGAUUUAUUGUGGGCGGAUUUCAAGAUCCUUAUUUUCAAGAGAGUGGAAAAUUUCGCGAAACAAUUGAGUUUCUAAAACGACUUUCGAACUCAUUUCAAGCCAACUAUGACGGAGUGGGAGUCGGGCUUAUAACAUAUGGCUCAUCUGCGCAUGUCUCAUUCGACCUCCAUCCGUUCAUAACUGCCGAACAUUUAACGAAAGCGAUCGACGAGUCGUCUGCGCCUGAUGUCGGUGGAAAUUUGGAGGAUGGACUGCAAAUGGGUAAUGAAUUCUGGCAUUAUUCACUGGCAUCACGUGAUAAAGUGUCGACUAUAGUUGUUGUAAGUACUGAUCUAUAAAGUUUUCUGGAUAGCAGGUUUUCCACUGAUAUAGACAAUGAAGAGAUGAAUUUCGAUAUUAAGAUCAGUAAAACUGGUCCAUUGGGUGAACCAAACCUUAUUUUAAAACAGCCAUAACAUUGGUUAUACUAGACCAAUUUUAUUUUUUAGAUUAAAUGUUCCCACUAAUAUCACUAGCUGUGCAAAAAUCUGGGCCAUCUUAAUGAAAGGAAUGUUAAUUCCUUAUUUAAAACUUUUUUAAAACUUUUUAAUACAUUUUCUUGCUCUGAUAACUGUCGUUGACCAUCGUGUGUUAAUGGUCACCAUCGUGCGUUAAUGGUUGACCAUCGUGUGUUGACGGUUGUCUGUCAGGUUGACCAUCGUGUGUUAAUGAAACCUGCCAAUGGAUACUCAUUCCAGAUUAUUUCCAGAUCAGUGCUGGCAAGUCUACUGGCAAUACAAAAGAGGCGAGUGACAAGUUAAAGGGACUCGAUGUGGAAAUAUUUGCAAUUGGGAUCGGUGACGGAGUGGCAAAAACCGAAUUAAAUAAGAUAGCAUCACAGCCUGUUGCUAGUCAUGUGUUUACAAUGAACUAUGGUGCAUUGGAGAUCUUGAGUUCAUUACUGGCAGAAAAAAUAUGUGAAAGUAAGCUGCCCGAAGUUUAGUUGCUCCACAAUUUUAAACUAAACUAACAUUAGUUAUCCUGGAUAGCUCCAUUGGUUCUAAAUUGUUUAUUAUUAAUCUUUUAAGGCGCUAAAAAACGAAGACUCUCAAAAGGUAAUGAUGGAAACAUCACCAAAAAUGGAAAACCCAAGCACCUUGUGGAACUGAGCAAUGGUCAAGGACAAAGUCGUAGUAAUGGUGCUUCCAAUAAUGGUGGAAGUACCAGCAGCAGUGGUGGAAGUAAUACUGGGGGAACUGGUACUGUUGGCACAGGAGGAGGUAGUUCUACUGGCAAUGGUGGUGGGGGAACUGGUACUGUUGGUACAGGAGGAGGUAGUUCUACUGGCGGUGGUGGUGGGGGAACUGGUACUGUUGGUACAGGAGGAGGUAGUUCUACUGGCGGUGGUGGGGGGGAACUGGUACUGUUGGUACAGGAGGAGGUAGUUCUACUGGUGGUGGUGGGGGAGUUGGUACUGGGGGUAAUACUGGUACUAAUGGUGGUGGUGGUACAGCUGAUGUUGGAGGUGCAGGGAAUGCUUUAGGUGGGGGAGGUAGUAGCGCUGAGAAUGGUGGUAGUGCUGGUGAUACAGGAAAUGCGGGUGGUGGGAACAGUGGCGGUGGGAACAGUGGCGGUGGUGGAAGUUCCAGUGGUGGUGGGAGAGGUAAGGGUGGUAGUACUGAUGAUACAGGAAAUGCGGGUGGUGGUGGCGGUGGUUCCAGUGGUGGUGGAGGAGGUGGAGGUUCCAGUGGUGGUGGGGGAGGUUCCAUUCCAGUGGUGGUGGAGGAGGUGGAGGUUCCAGUGGUGGUGGGGGAGGUUCCAGUGGUGGUGGGGGAGGUGGAGCAGGAGGUAAAGGUGGUGGGGCUGGUGGUGGGGGAGGUGGAGCAGGAGGUAAAGGUGGUGGUGGGCGCUGGUGGUGGGGGAGGUGGAGCAGGAGGUAAAGCUGGUGGUGGGGGAGGUGGAGCAGGAGGUAAAGGUGGUGGUGCUGGUGGUGGGGGAGCAGGAGGUAAAGGUGGUGGUGGGGCUGGUGCAGGAGGAGGGAAAGCAGGGGGAGCUGGUGGUGGGGGAGGAGGAAAGGGAGGUGCAGCUGGGGGUGGAGCGGGAGCUGGUGGUAAAGGUGGAGGAAAAAGUGGAGCGGGUGGAGCUGGUGCAGGCGGAAAGGGUGGUGCUGGAGGAAAAGGGGGUGCUGGUGGAGGUAAGGGUGGUGCUGGAGGCGGAGGUGGUGGAGACAAGAAAAAAGGUAAGCGUAGGUUUUGUCAGUUAGUGGGUUUCGGCAAAUUGUUGGAAGAUUAUGCUUAGCGAAACCUACUUAUUGAUGUCAAAGAUUGUAAAAUAAAGUUAUUAUCUUGUUCACUAUUUGCUAUAUUCACUGUUGCUUUACAGAGUUUCUAUCAGUUUAUAUUAACACACGACAUUUCUUGCAGAACCUCCCAAAGGGUACCUCAUACCACAGACAUCCUUGAGUGCAUUCGGACCAGCCAUGUUACCAAUGCAAGCAGAACCAAUGGGAACACCAAUCAAAGAUCCACAACUACCCUUACUCUUUCACCCUCAGACACAGCCAUUGAUCUCACCUAUCCAAGCAGAUCCUACAGCGAUCCUAGGUCACCAUCAAGCACCAUAUAUGAUGAACCCGUUCUCAAACAUUCCACUAGCACCAGUAGAAAGUGACCCAACCAUUCUACCAUCCAGUCAUCCAGAUCUACCGCUCAUGGCCAGACCUCAGUUACAGACCCCACUUUCACCAGUACAGAUGGAUCCAGGAAUCUUGCCACAGCAUUUAGAGAUGCCACAUUUGACAAGCGGUCUACCACGGCUUGCACCAGCGCAUAUAGAACAUAUCAAUACACCAUUGAUACAUGACUUUGAUAGACCACUUCUGGCUCACACACAGUUUCACCCUCUACUAGAACCCGCUCAUGUGGAACACAUUGCUCGACCAAUUGGUGAUUCAACUCCUCCACUCCUUGCAGUACACCAGUUUCAUCCAAUACUCUCCCCAGUCCACAUUGAACACACAUUACGACCAUAUGCAGACACCACUCCACCUCUAAUGGCUCAACACCAAUUCCAUCCCAUGUUAUCCCCUACACACAUAGAAGGACUUAAUAGACACUAUAUGGACACUACGUUACCGUAUAUUGCACAAAACCAAGGACAUCCAAUGUUAUCACCCUCACAUAUUGAAGGUAUGGACCGUAUUCAUUCUGAUCGAACUCCACCCUAUAUCACACAUCAAGAAUUUCAUCCAUUACUUUCACCAGCACAUAUCGACGAUGCACACCGACAUAUGGACCACUCCCCACCCUUAAUGGCACACCCCAAUAUCAAUGCAGGACCUCUGUUUACCCCAGGGUUUGUUGAACCCCAUUAUUCACCGCAAAUUGACCACUCCGCUCCAUUCCUUGCUCACCCAAAUGUACAUCAUAGUCACCUGUUAACCCCUGGAUUUGUCGAUCAUAUGCAUGCACCUCAAAUUGAACAUACACCUCCCUUUAUGGCACGUCCGGAUGUACACAAUAGUCCUCUCCUAUCCCCUGCAUAUGUUGAUGUUCCUCAUACACCACAAAUUGACCACACCCCACCAUAUAUGGCUGGUGCACGUGAUGGUCACCUGAUAACCCCUGGGUUCAUUGAUUCCCCUCAUAACCCUCAGAUAGAACAUACAUUACCCUUCAUGGCACACCAUGAUGCUCAUAAUGUCCCCCUCUUAUCCCCUGCCAUGGUCAGUGGUAGCUAUGUACACCAAGACCAUAGUGCACCACUUCUAUUAUCACAUAUCCAUGCAGGAUCCCACCUCUUAUCCCCUGCUAUGGUGAGUGGUACACAUGUGCUUCAGAAAGAUCAUAGUUUACCCUUUCUUUCAUCACAUAUCAAUGGAGGACCCCAUCUUCCCCUCUUGUCUCCUGGGAUGGUGAGUGGUACACAUAUAAUACAAAAAGACCACAGUUUACCCAUGUUUAGUCAUACCUAUACUCAUAAUUCACCAUUUAUGUCACAUGGAGGUUCCUCCUUAUCCUACGGUAUCCAUAGUGGACAUUCAUUUGGCUUCGGUCGUAGUAAUGUACCUAAAGCUCAGUAUGUACCUACACAACACCAUAGAUCUAUGAAAGACCAUGAUGUUCAUAUCUGACCCUAUCUGGAAAAGACAGCUUUCCACAUCAGAAUCCGCGAACACGUGACGUAUGGACGGAAUAUUUAAUUUAAUGCAGUUAGGACAUCAAACCUAUAAUAUUCCAGAUCAAAGUUUUGCGUCUUCAGAUUAUCCAUAAGUAUAGGAAUAUAUAGGAAGAAUAUUUAAACAAACACCGUAUAUUUAUUUUUAUAUAAAAUAUUUUUCAUGUUUAAUAUAGUCACUAUUGUACAUAAAUAAAUUUGAUAUAGUCCGUUCUUUGUGAUAUAAUUAUGGAUAUUUGGUGCGAGAACCUGUCGCAAGAUAUUUACAUUAUGUGUUGAACCAUUGCACUACUCAUUAGGUAAAAAAGCGCUGCUUAUCAAAGACGGGACGCGAUUCCGCAACGCGGUGAGAUUUUUUUGUUUUUGAAAGUAAAUAAACCGUCUAGGAAAGAUGUAGAAAAAGUCGAAAUGUUAGAACAAAGUUAUAUAUCUGUUAGCGAGAAUGGAGAAAUCGCGCCGCAUUGCAAAUUCGCGUCAGGUGACUGGCUCGUUCUUGAAACUUUGUUUCCCACUUCAACUAUACUGUGCCAAAACCUAGCAUAUUUGUUUGUUUUCUAGCAUGGAACGAAUUUCAAUACAAAUAAAACUUUUUUAAGGUUCAUUUACACAAUAUGGUCAAACUGGAAACAGGCCAAACCCUUUCAAUAAACUGACAAGGGCAUUCUGCUAAGAUCCUAUUCCGAUCUUCUUUAUGAAGUCUUGACAUUACUCUUAGUCUUACUCUCAUUAUCUUUGAUCUUACUCUCUUUGCUUCUUUUUAUCGUGCCCAUAUACAUUCUCAUAUCUAUCCCUGCUGUAUCACCCAUACCACCCUUCAUUUUCCCGUAACCCAUACCACCCUUCAUUGUACCGUAACCCAUGCCACUUUCCAUUCCGGAGUCAGCACCUGUCGCAAAAUUUUGACCAUUGUGGAUACGCAUGCUUUUGUCUUCGUUCAUUCCACCAAAUUCUGAGCCUGGCAUCGCCUUCUCUCCGCUCAUGCCAGCAUUCGUAUCCACGCCACCUUGCUUCAUUCCUG